ACCUACUGGCUCCACCUGUUGAAUGGUCCCAAGCGUCCCAAGUUUCGUUUCCAAUCUCGUCAGAAUUGCCAAAAUAUUUGGCGAGCUGUUCACUUGCGAUGAAUGACAGGUGGAUGGGCGGCUUAUUUAGCUGCGUUUGGUCUUCUUUUCUUGAAAAAAUCUGUGUUUAUUUUGCUUUGUUUUCUCUUCUUAUCACGCACUUUCCAACGAUUUCCCAGGUGGCAUCUAUCGCAGAUGAAUGACCUGAUGAGGGAAGCGAAGCGCAGUUUGAGCCAAGCAAAGUUGCAAAAAAGGUUGUGGCUCCGAACUUCGUAAUGCUUCCCUACCCGUAUCUGUCGGCGGACGUCGUAAGGCGCUGUCUCCAACGUAACAUUCUCGAACUCGUUCGCACGCUUGAAGAUGGACUGCGAAGGUUUUCGCUUGGACCACAGGGCGGCAUCGUUCAACCCGUCAGGAAUACCAUUGCUCUCCAGAAUCAAAAUGGGAUGCUACUGUCCAUGUCGGCGCACAGCAUCGAUGAUGGUAUCCUCGCCACGAAAGUUGUUACUUACCUUCCGGAAAAUAAGCCGCCCCUUCCGACCAUCCAAGGCAACGUGCUCCUGUUUGACGCCCACACCGGCUCCUUGAAAUGCAUGAUGGACGCUGUAGAAAUGACUGCGUACCGCACUGCUGCUGCGUCAGCGGUGGCGACUAAGUACUUGGCGACAGAAAACCCGAAAAUUCUUGCAGUGUUCGGAUCUGGAACUCAAGCUAAGAGCCAUAUUGUGGUUCUUUCUAAGAUGUUCGAUUUUCAAGAAAUUCGUAUCUGGAACCAUAGAGAGGAGUCGGCUCUCUCAUUGGUCGGCGAACUCAUGACGUCACAUGAAAUCCGAACGCGAUUCGUCGCCUCCGCUGCCGAAGCAGCACGUGACGCCGACGUCAUCGUGACCGCCACGUCUUCACCGAAGCCAGUUCUGCAAGCCGAUUGGUUGAAAGAGGGAGCCCACGUGAACGCGGUAGGGGCACCAAGGCUGGACUGGCAGGAACUUUCAUCUGACGUCAUGCUGAAAUCGGUUGUCUACGUAGACAGUGUGGAGGGAGCUUUGUCGGAAUCGGGAGACAUUGUCCAAUCGGGGGCUCGAAUUUACGCGGAGAUCGGUGAAGUCGUGCUCGGCACCAAGGAAAACCAUCGGAAUGAGAUGACCGUCUUCAAAUCCUUGGGUAUGGCGAUCGAAGAUGCCUUGGCGGCCGAACUUGUUUACCGCCACGCCGUGACCGAAAAGAAGUGAGAAGAGAAUAUCCCAACUUCGCCUGCACAAAACACAAACGUUAACGGCUGGUUGUGUGUGUGUCUGUUGUUAAAAUAAUACCUAUUUUUGCUUUUUCCUUUUUUUUUUCUUCUAGAAAACACUAUCAUAAUAAUCUUUAUUAAACUUCUUGAUUUUGAGAAGUUUUUUUUUUUUUUUUUUUUCAAUACAAUCAUGUUGGAUUUUCGUAUUUGGAGUUUCAGCCAAAAUGACAUUCAGAUUUGAGGGAUGUGAACUCAGUUUAGAAGUGUAUUUCAAUGUCUGCAAGACUUGCUGUGAUCACAUUAAUAAGCUUCCAACACAAGAAUUGGUGUGAACACGUUUGUGGUUGUCUUCCGAAUGCAGAUUAUAAAAAUAUAUUAUUUAAAAAAAGUGAUUUGUUUUAUUUUAUGUGUUUUCUAUCCUUUAUAAACACCGGGUGAUAUUUUUAUUCAAGACAGAAUUUUUUUUCUAAAGAUUGAAAAUUGCGAGCUGAAUGUCGUCUCGCUGGGCGUAUGUCGAGUAUGACGGACAUGAGAAGUGCGAAUAACCGCCAAGUCUGUUGGGUAAUUGACUAAAAUUCCGUAUUUAUCGUUUUAAUUACUGAAAAUAAACAUAUGGUUUCAAUGAGAAACCAGCUGAAUUUUUCAAAAUUCUGUUUCGAAUAAAAAAUAUCACCCGGUAAAUUAGAAAUAAGACGGGACUGAAACAUAAAAGUGAAAGCAACAGAUUGUUGUCAUGAUAAGACGAAGCCAAACCUUCACCUUUGAAAGUUAAAAAAAAAAUAGAAAAAAA